UAAAAGUGCAGAUGGUUCAAACGCUAUGUAGUGAAAUAGGCCGGAGUGCGGUCUCUGGCGCUAGUCGAGGAUUUGACGUCGCUGGCGAAAUACCGCUUUGUUAUUCUCCCAGUCAGCUACGGUGAAGACACAACAUGACGGAGAAGAUGACACAAGCAAUAAUCCGCCAUUUCAAGAUGGCGAGCCAAGCUCGUGCACUUUCGGUUAACCCCUCGUUGGACACGUUCGCGGAAACCAUCAGUGACAAGAUUCUGCCCACGGAACACCUCAAACAGCUGCACGAGGUCCCAGGACCCACGGGCCUUGCAUCGCUACCUUACAUUGGAACGGCGUUUCUCUUUCAACCAUUCACACACCACAUCCCUGAAAAAAUCAACCUUCUGUUUAGGGAUCUUCAUCACAGAUAUGGUCGCAUUGUGAAGAUGCGGCGAGGCAGCCACUGGAACGUUUUCUUGUUCGACCCACAACUCAUCAUGCAGGCCAUACAACAGGAAGGGGCGUAUCCGGAAAGACCAUCCAUGCCAAUCAUCGACGCCUACUGCAAAAGAAAAGGUGUCAAGAAACCUUUAAGUUCCAUGCAAGGUGAAGAAUGGUUUCGCCUUCGCAAACCAAUCCAGGCAAAAGCUAUGCGUCCAGCCAUUGUUGACCAGUAUAUUCCUGCCCAGAACAAGGUAGCAGACGAUUUCAUCUCCGUCCUUUCUACUUGUGGCGAUUCGGAUUUGUCAAUAGAGAAUCUCCUCCUGAGAUAUGCCGUUGAAUCCUCAGGAAUCUUCUGUUUCAAUUCAAGGCAGGGAUUCCUGGACGAGAACCUGCCUGAAGAGAAAUCCACUCUGUUGAACAGCGUUCAUAUGUAUCUGUCCAUGGUGGCAGAGAGCUUCUAUACGUUUCCAGCAUUUAAGUUUUUCCGAACCAAACUGUACACGCAGUUCGAAAAAGCAGCUGACAGCAUUGAUACAAACAGCAAGAAGUAUUUAGACCGUCAAAUAGCUGACUACGAGACUAAGAAAGCUAAUGGAACGCUACAUUUGGCCGAUUCAAACCUUCUCUUUUCCUUUUUGGAAGAUACGACUUUAGAAAGGGAACAGUGCAAGAGUGUAAUGACGGGCUUCUUCGUCGUGGCCACAGAAAACGCGGCCAAAUCGUUGUCGAUAAUGCUGUGGCACCUGGCGAAACAUCCAGAGAAACAAGACAAGCUGUACAGAGAAAUCAAAGAAACUCACCGCGACACAUGUGAAGUAACGGCUAAGUCGUUGAAGCACAUGCCAUACCUGAAAGCGUGUCUUAGAGAAUCGCACAGAUUGGUAUUUCCAACACCAGGUGGCGCUGCUCGCAUCAUAAACAAAGACAUCUCAUUGGAUGGGUAUAUAAUAUCACAAGGCACUAUGGUACACUACGGUCAAAACGUACUGUGUCACAGCCCGGAAUACUUCCCUCGCCCUGAAGAGUUUAUUCCAGAAAGAUGGCUAAAUGACAUCGAUCCAGUGAAACAUCGCAUUAGAUCCUUCAUUGUGAUGCCAUUCGGGUUCGGUCCCAGAAGCUGCUUGGGCAAGACUCUCGCAGAAAGACAAAUACACCUACUCGUUUGUAAACUCUUGAUGAAGUACAAAGUGAGUCUGAAGGAUCCGCAAGAAUCACUGGACAUUAUCUAUAAAAUCAUCGCAGCGAACAGAACGCCUUUGAAGAUUAAUUUCGAAAAACGAGAACCGUGAAGUUUUAAGUAACAAUGGCGUGUGAAGACAGCGAUCGCGUGCAGCUUUCGGUCAAAUAAUUAAGCACGGAAUUUGCUAUUGAGGAUGAGUGUUGGGUAGGAUCACUGUAUUUACACUGUGGCGUGUAAACCAUUCAUUCACCCACGUCUCUGUGACACAGUUACAUUAACUGGUUAAAAUACAAUCUGUAUCUAUGCAGACAAUAUACCUCAAAUACUAUUGUCAUACCAAAACAAUUCGAGAAUAUGUUCUGCAUUAUAGAAAAGCAGUUAUGUUAUUACAAGGUACAAUCUUUCCAGAAAGACUCUUUUGGGAUUUCCCAGACAGACCAGCACAUACGAAAUUGUUUAUACACAAAUCGUCGAACAGUUGUUGAGAAGGGACAUAUAAUAUGUUUGUUAAACAAUAUUCUAACGCUUGGCCAUUAGCGGGUAAAGAUAACGUAUAUGUAACAACAACAAAAAAUUCAGAAACGAAGAAAAAACCCAAUACCUCUAGACUAACUAAACCUGUUUCGAUUACAAAACAAAUAGAACAGUGCGUGCCACAAACAUAAGUCAGUAAAGUGCUCGAAUCAUCUCAGUGGACUCAUGACUAGGGAUUUUUCGCAACCCAUCCAUGGUCCGACGACUGCUGUAUCAAAGGCCGUGAUAUCUGCAGUACUUUCUGUGGAAAGUGCAUAUAAAUGACUCCUUACUGAUAAUAGAAAAAUGUAGCGGGUGUUUAAGACGAUGAUUGAUAAAUCACUGUGCUCUAGUGGUGUCGUUAAAGCUUUAACCUUUCAUAAAGCAGCAAAUGAUUUUUAUAUGCACUUUCUGAUUAAUAGGACAAUACAUACCACGUUAUUUUAUGUAUGCUACCAAUCGUGUAGCAUUGGUUAAAACGGGUGGAAAUGAGUCUGUCGAAGGCGAUCGAACCUGGUAACGAUCGCACCUUAAGCUGUAUCCUAACCGGCCGCGAGCGACUCGAGCGAUGCGAGCGAUUAUUUUAGAAAUCAUUAAUUUCAAUUGUCGUAUCCUAACCGCACGCGUGCGACGCGACAGCUAAGUCUCAUCGCUCGCGGCCGGUUAGGAUACAGCUUCAGACAAAUGUUCCACAACUGUGCUAUAUCUUGAUCCAGGGAAAAGAAAGAAACGUAACUCUCUUAAUCGUGUAUAUCAAAGUAUAUGGAUACAACCAUAUAAAACACUGGCAGCUAUAAGUAAGGUAUGUUGAAGACAUAUCAAGCAGUUUCAUACUGCUGUUGAUCAUAUUUUGUGUUACCACGAUGCUAUAUCCAUUUUUAUAAUAAAAUCAUUAAAAUAUAGCCUAUAGUUAAAUAUAUAUAUAUAUAUAUUUAAUACUAUAUUGUUAUAAAAAUAGUCAUAUUAAUUUAAUAACUGUGACUGCUGUUGUGAGUGUAUGAAUUGAACAUGGGAAGUCGGGCCCAUGUCUGGUGGUAUUAUGCCCAGUAGCCAAUAAAAAAAAUGCCUAACAGGAUAAGCUAUACAAUAUUACAUAAACCAUUGUACUAUUGAGCGUUUGGAAAAGGUGCUGUGUUCGUACACUGGUUGUAUAUAUACGCUUGCGUGAGAGCAGAUAUUUAAUAUAAUAUUCUUUAAUAUUCAUUUCAUAAAAAUAUUUAUUUGACAUUACUGAUACCAUUUGUCUUCAUACCACAUUACAUAUUCAUUGUUGUUUACUCAAUACUCAUGUUAAACCGUAUAUUUUAAUUUUAUUUUAUGGGACUGAAAAAAAAAACUAAACA